AUGUCAACUUGGAACGCCAAAAAACACACCAACGUUGUUUACAACAUCAGCAACAUGACAACAAAUAGCAACCACCCUGGCAACGACGGAUCGUUCCGUCGCUUAAACAAGGUGGAUUUUACAAGUACAAAUAUUUGGCUUUGUCUCUCUCUCUCUCUCUCUCUCUCUCUUUCACGCCACCUUUUACUCGCUCUUACUAACUUCCAGAUAUUUACCCACUCCCUAUGUGGCUCUUUCUCUCUAUUAACUCGUCCUCCCUGUCUUGCUUCUUACUAUAUUGUCUCUUUUGAUUUCUCUUGUCAUAUUUCUUUAUCUCUUCCCGAAGCCAAGGUUACAGUUGAGAAACUACCAAUCUAUCUAUCUAUCUUGGUUUGUUUCUAUCUAUCUAUCUCUAUCUAUCGAACUAUUUUGCUUCGUUUCUAUCUAUCUAUCUAUCUUGGUCUGUUGCAAUCAAUCAAUCUCUCUCUCUCUCUCCAUCUCUCUCUCUCUCUCUCUUGUUUCUAUCUAUCUAUCUAUCUAUCUAUCUAUCUAUCUGUCUAUCUAUCUAUCAAUCUAUCUAUCUAUCUCCAUAUAAUUAUUUGUUUCCGUGACGAACAUUUAUGGCAGUUUUCUCAUGUUCGUUGUAAGAAAGUGUAUUAUGAAGCGCAACAGAAGCGCGUCUGA